GUGCCUACUCCAGAAGAGUUAGAACGCGCUAAGACCACAGGCGUGGUCCCGAUAGCAUUGGUACUUACCCGCAAGCGUUGUGGCAAGUUCAAGUGCCGUGCUGUCGUAUUAGGUAAUCUCUACAAGCCCGGCGGUGAGUUAGAAGUUUACGCGCCCGUAAUCAGCUUUGGAGCCUCGCGCUACCUGCUGAUCGAUGCCGCCGCGCAUGGUGAUGCCAUAAUUUUGUUUGACAUUGACAACGCAUUCGUACAGAGCUUGAUCGAUUCGGAAAUUUUCAUUCGUCUGCCAAAGGAAUGGCGUGAGCAAAACGACGAUGGUAAUCGGAAGCUAGUUCGUGCCCUUUAUGGGUUACCACAAUCCCCGAGGCUGUGGGCAAAGCACUACGAAAAGAAGUUAGUCAGUCUCGGUUGGACACAGUCAACAGAAAAAGGGUUGUGGAGAAAGCUCUCCAAGGCCACAGGCAACAACUUCCAGAGUUACAAGAAGUUCAGUAAGUAUAUGAAGAUGGGAGUUUAUGUAGAUGACAACACCGCAACAGGCCCGGACGAGCACGAGCUUAGGCAUGAAGUCAGUUUGAUUUUGAAAGAGUUUCCUGGCAAGAUCAUUGAGCCCGAACACCAGCCAAAUGGUGAUCUUUUGUAUGAUCAGCUCGGUGCAGAAGUCCAC